AUGCUGGUGGGCGCCGGGCUCCAGCGGCGGCGGCGGCAGCUGCAGCAGCCGCAGCAGCCUCGGCGGCGGCAGCCUCUCCUCUGGCCGAUGAACGCAGACCCGCCGCCGCCGCCGCCGCCGCCCUGGGUUUGGAUGGUCCCCGGCUCGGCCGGGCUGCUCCGGCUGGGAGCCGGGGUCGCGCCCCCGCCAGGGCUGCUUGCCUCGGCCCAGCCCUCUGCCGCCCCGCUGCUCCCGGGGCUGCCCGGCUGGCUGCCGUUGCUGCCGCUGCCCUCUGCGCCAGACCACGCCGCCGCCGCAGCUGUGCACCACUACCCCUUGCUCAACGGGCAGUGGCUGUUUGGUGGUCAUUCUCCAUCGAUUGGACUGUCCCCCUCUUCCACUGUGGAAUUGGUGCCCAUUUUCCCACAUGUCUGCCCAUCUUCUCUUCCACUUCCCAUUGGGAAAAGUUGGAUAGACAAAAGGAUACCUAAUUGUAAGAUCUUUUUUAAUAAUUCCUUUGCUCUGGACUCAACAUGGAUCUAUCCUGAGGAAUCAAGAUUGUUCCAUGGGCCUGAGAAGCCUCAACUGUUGGCAAAUCAAGUAGCCGUGUCUCUGUCCAGGCCUGCUCCUGCCUCUAGGCCUCUUCCCACAGUGGUGUUAACACCUCAGCCUAUCCCAGGUGGUCAUCACAACAGCCUUAAGCCUGUCGGCAGCGGCCCCACCUUUGCCAUCACCACUGCCACCGCCACCAUGGUCUCCGUGGACCCCGAGGGACUUGGGGGCCCGUCCCCCUCCAGCGUGCAGCCUUGCCACUUCCUGACCCUGGCGCCCAUCAAAAUACCCCUGCGGACCACACCCUUCUCUGAUAAAAGCAGAGAGCACAGCCGGGCGCCCUGCCCGCCGGCCCUGAUGCUGCACGGGGAGACGAAGAGCCCGGCGGGAGACAGACCAGCCAAGGAGGUUCCAUCGAUCCUAGUGACGGGCGAAGACAGAGCGGCCAAAGGCACAAGACCCGUGGCCUCCACCCCGGUGCCCGGAUCCCCCUGGUGUGUGGUCUGGACGGGCGAUGACCGGGUUUUCUUCUUCAACCCGACGAUGCAGCUGUCCGUCUGGGAGAAGCCGAUGGACUUGAGAAACCGUGGCGACCUCAACAGGAUCAUCGAAGACCCUCCCCACAAGCGCAAGCUGGAGGCAGCAACAACCACGCCCGGCGAUGGAUCAAGUUCCGAAGACGGCAGGGAAGACCCACACGUGAGAACCAAGAGGAAUCGGACGGAAGGCCACGUGAGUUCCGGGCCCGAGGAGGCGGAGAGAAAAGACACGGGUGCCAAGACGCCGCCGCCCCAGAUCCUUCUGCCCCUGGAGGAGCGGGUGACCCACUUCCGAGACAUGCUCCUGGAGAGAGGGGUGUCAGCGUUUUCUACCUGGGAGAAAGAAUUACAUAAAAUCGUGUUUGAUCCGCGCUAUCUCCUGCUAAAUUCCGAGGAGCGGAAACAGAUAUUUGAACAGUUUGUCAAGACAAGAAUAAAAGAAGAAUACAAGGAAAAGAAAAGCAAAUUGCUGCUGGCCAAAGAAGAAUUCAAAAAACUUCUAGAGGAAUCUAAAGUCUCACCCAGGACCACAUUUAAGGAGUUUGCUGAGAAGUACGGCCGGGAUCAGAGGUUUCGACUUGUCCAAAAACGGAAGGACCAGGAGCAUUUUUUCAACCAGUUCAUCCUUAUUCUCAAGAAACGGGACAAGGAAAACAGACUCAGGCUGCGGAAAAUGAGAUGAGUGUGUGCAGAUGCCAUCAGGCUGGGCAUGGCAGGGGCUUGGCGGACAGGCGCCCACGCAGCCGGUUCGGGAGCCCCAGGGGCCGUGGGCUUCGUUCUCAGAGGGUUAUUGUUUCAUAUUGAAGCUCUCUUUGGUACAACUUUCCGAGUUUGAUGCAUUUCUAAUUGCCAUGAUAUGUUGCUCCCUUCGUUGCUUUAAUUAUGCAAAUGACUUGUAAUAUAGACAGAUUCUAAACCUGCUGCGGGUUUGUACCUCAGCAGAGACAGACACCAUCUCUAACCAUCUCAAGGUGUUUUCAUGAGUCGAGCUGAUUAUCUGAAACUUUUCUGAAAAUCUUCAUGAGUUCCUUCCAUCCUUCAGGAGUUCUGUGGUGUUGGGAUGUCCCGGCUCGGGUCCCCGGGUCUAGUUUUCUGAGUAGUAGUGUAUAGACUGUUCAUCAUCAUAGUGACACCUGUGACCGUUGGACACAUGGACCGUGGACCACCUACAGGUCAAAGGGCGAUCGCCCCAGCCCCCUCCGGGGACAUCGGGCCUGGAGAAGGGGGCCGUGCUUUCUGUGGGAGGUCCUACUUAAAAAAGAAUUAUUUUGUACAAAAUCAUCCUAUUAAUAUUUAAGUUAUUUUCUUGUAUGCCCAGAGUUUGCAUGAGAUUUUUCUCACCAUCUUUGUAUAAAAAAUUAAAAAUUUUUUUGAAUUAAUAAAUAUUUUAAACCGG